CAAAUUUUUCAAUAAAAAUUAUAUUAAUAUGAGAACUUACAGCUGCCUCUUCAGGCAAUAUAGAAGGCCAGUCUACAUGCAUGCGCGUGCUCCUCAGAAUACUAACCGAAUACCAUUCAAACCAAUUCUUCCAAUUGCAUUAAGAGAUCAAGUUUCUGGUAAAUCUGAUUCACUUCAAAGUAAAGUCCCAUGCCUUCAUGAAUUAUCUGUUCUUUUCGCUGCUUUGAAAGAUAAUGAAUUUGAUGAAGCAAAUUGUAAAAGAGAAAUUGAUGCAUUGAAGAAAGCUCAUGUUGAAGCAAUGGAACAAGCUCGUGAAGACAAACUAAAAAACAGGGGAGAAAUUAUUUCAACUGGUACUAAACUAAACUCUAAUCAAUUGAAUAGAUAUCUUAGAAAGUUUCCAUCAAAAUAAAUAAUAUAAACACAAUUGUUAAUAAAAAACAUAAAUAAACCAGAUAGUUAAUAGAACAAUUUAAGUAGGGUGCGAUCUUAUAAAACCUUUGCUGGUAAGUUGUGAC